AUGGAUGAAACCAAUGAUGUUACAAUAAAAUUGGAUAGUAAUGUUUCACAAACAGCUGAGAAUAUUUCAACAAGUCAUAAAAAGGAAAAAUGGGAUAGUAAACUUCAAUUUCUUCUAACAUGUAUAGGAUUUGCUGUUGGUCUUGGAAAUAUUUGGAGAUUUCCUGCUUUAGCAUAUGAAAAUGGUGGAGCUGCUUUUUUGAUACCAUAUGUAACAUUAUCAUUACUUGUUGGAUUUCCAAUUUUAUUUAUGGAAUUUGCCAUUGGGCAAUCAACUUCUUUAGGUCCAUUAAAGGUUUUUGGAGCAAUUGUACCAAUGCUUCAAGGUGUUGGAUGGGGAAUGAUAAGUAUAUCAAUAUUUACAACAAUGUAUUAUGUACCAUUAUUAUCAUGGAUAUGUUUGUAUAUUCAAAAAAUUGCUACUGGAAAUUUUAAUACUAUUGUUAGUUGUAAAAAUGAAUGGAAUUCUAUUUAUUGUGUUUCAACAGUUGAUGAUAAAAUUUGUACAAAUGAAACUAACCAUGCUUAUAUUACUUUUAAUAAUACUUGUUAUAUUGUACCAGAUAAUUAUACUGGAGCAAUUUAUAGAAAUAUGUUAUUUACUAACAAUGGACUUAAUGGUACACAAAUAACAUAUGCUGCAGAGGAAUAUUUUUAUAAAAAACUUCUAACAUUUGGUGGUGAAUUUUCUAAAAGUAUUUUUGAAAUCAAUUGGGAAGUAUUUAUAAGUUAUAAUAUUGUGUAUUUUUUUGUUUAUUUAAUUGUCUUUAAAGGAAUCAAAAUAAUGGGGAAAGUUGCUUUUGUUACAUCAACAGUCCCAUAUCUAAUAAUGAUAUUCUUUUUUAUUUAUUCUCUUAAAUUAGAUGGUUCUAGUGAGGGAAUUAAAUUUUUUUUAUAUGAAAAAACUGACUUCUCUACAAUAUUUACUAUCAAAACUUGGAAACUUGCUACAGAACAAUUAUUUUUAAGUUUAUCAUGUGGUAUUGGUGUGACAUUAUCAUUAUCAUCACAUAAUGAGAAAAAACAUAAUAUAUUUAAAGAUUCAUUAAUUGUUAUUUUUGCUGACAAUUUUAUGAGCUUUUUUGGUGGAAUAACAACAUUUUCUAUACUUGGUUUUAUGGCAAAACGACUUGGAAAACAAAUAGAUGAUGUUGUUAGUGAUGGUAAAGUUCUUGCUUUUGUAGCAUAUCCUGAAGUAGCAGCAUUAACUUCAAUUCCUGUACUAUUUUCACUUUUGUUUUUUAUUAUGUUACUAUCACUGGGAUUAAGUUCAGUUGUAUGUUUUAUAUCUAGUAUCAUAACUUCAUUUCUUGAUAAUUUUAAAAAAUUAAGAAGAUACAAAACUAUUACUAUAUUUAUUUCAAUAUUUAUACUAUAUAUAUUAAGUCUUCCAAUAACAACAAAAAGUGGUAUAUACAUUUUUGAAAUUUUAAAUACAUUUGCUGUUUCAUUUAAUGUAUUAUUUGUUGCAACAAUGGAAUGCAUCUCAAUAACACAUUUUUAUGGAAUUAAUAAUUUUAAAAGGGCCAUUAGAAGAAUGUUAGGGCAAGGAAAUAGUUUAUUUUCAAGAUAUUUUGGUUCUUCAGGAUAUAUAUUGACAUUUUGUCAAAAAUAUCUGAAUCCACUUGUAUUAUUAACAUUAUCAAUUGUUGGCAUUUAUGAAUCAAUUGGUCAAGAAUAUAUUUAUGGUAAUGAUCAAUAUAAAAUAAUAACACCAAAAAAACUUGUAUUUUUUGGGUGGAUUGUUGCAACACUUCCAAUUAUAUUAAUUUUUGUUGGAGGAAUCACAGAAGCAUGGAAAAAAAGAAAAACAAAUGUUAUUGAUAUACUGAAACCAAAUGAAAGUCAUAUAUUAUCAAUUAAAAAUUAUGAACCAUCACCAAUUAUUAAUUAUAUAGAAUCAACAUGUAAAAAAGUAGAAGAAAGUCAGACUUCUAAUAAUACCACUGAACUUGUCACAUCAAAUAAAACUGAGUCACUCAAUUAA